GACUGCACCCUAAAGAUGGUGGACCGGCUUGCAGACGGCUGCCUUGACACAGAUGCCCAGAACCUUCUCAGCAACCUCAAGGGGCGCAUUGCUGACACGCAGCCUGGAGUCCUCAAGGCCCACCACCUGCCGUGGAGCCGUGACCUCGUGAACCCCCAAAAUAAGGCUCAUGCCCGGUACCUGAAGGCGCUAGGGGAGCAGUUUGUGGCCCGGGCUAACCACCAAAUCCUUCAGCGCCUCCAGGAGCUGGAGGCAGGCAGGCAGGAACUGGCAUGGCUCUACCAGGAGAUCCGCCAUCACCUGAGGCUGAGUGUCGAGGCCACCAGGACCUUCUGUGGGCGCCAAGAGCUCCUGGCCCAGGUGGGACAGAGACUCCUGCAGAGUAACAACCACCCCCACACGCCACUGGUGCUUUUCGGACCCCCAGGCAUCGGAAAGACGGCUCUGAUGUGCAAGCUGGCCGAGCAAGUGCCAGGGCUGCUGGGCUGCAAGACAGUGACCAUCCUGAGGCUUUUGGGUACAUCACAGAUGAGCUGUGAUGCCCCCAGCCUGCUCCAGAGUAUCUGCUUCCAGGUGUGCCUGGCCUAUGGGCUGCCCCUGCCUCCUGCUCAGGUCCUGGAGGUCCACACUAGGGUGGUUCAGUUUUUCCACACCCUUCUGCACACCGUCUCCUGCCGAAACUUCGAGUCCCUUGUGAUCCUGCUAGACUCUGUGGAUGAUGUGGACUCCAUCCACCGUGCUCGGAGGGUCCCCUGGCUGCCUUCUAAGUGUCCCCCAAGGGUCCACCUCAUCCUCUCGGCCUGCUCAGGGCAGCAAGGGGUUUUAGAUACUGUGCAGCAGACACUCAUGGACCCAGAGUCCUACUGGGAGGUGAAACCCCUCUCCAGCAACCAAGGGCAAGAGAUGAUUCAGCUCCUGCUGACAGCCUCCAGGAGGACACUGAGCCCAGGGCAGAGGGAUCUGCUCUGGGCCAGCCUCCCGGAGUGCGGGCACCCAGGGCAGCUGAGGCUGGCCUUUGAGGAGGCCCGGAAAUGGGCCUCCUUCAUUGUGCCUGCCCCUCUGGCCUCCACUGCUGAGGAAGCGAUGCACCAGCUGUGUGCCCGUCUGGAGCAGACCCAUGGGCAGCUCCUGGUGGCCCGAGUGCUGGGCUACAUUGUGUCUUCUCGGCAAGGGGUCUCGGAGGCCGAGCUGAAGGACAUCCUGUCCUUGGAUGAUGAGGUCCUGCAGGCUGUGUACCAGGACUGGACCCCGCCGAGCAAGGAGCUGCUGCGUUUCCCACCCCUGCUGUGGGUGAGGCUUCGUCGUGAUCUGGGAAACUGCUUGGCCAGGCGGCCCGUGGAUGGCUUCACACUCCUGGCCAUCGCCCACAGACAGCUGGCUGAGGUAGUCCGAGAACGCUACUUGUUGGGUCCUGAGAAAGCCAAGAGGCACGGAAUGCUAGCUGACUUCUUCUUGGGGACCUGGAGCCAGGGCACCAAGAAACUCAUCACCCUGCCACUGGUGGGGAAGCCCCUGAACCUGGACCGCAAGGUGGCCCCCCAACCCCUGUGGUUUUCAGAUACUGUUGCAAACCUGCGGAAACUGAAGGAGUUACCCUAUCACCUGCUCCACUCAGGCCGCAUCCAGGAGCUGAAGCAGGAGGUGCUGGGCAACAUGAACUGGAUUUCCUGCCGGGGUGUCUCUGGGGGCAUCGAGAGCCUGUUGGAUGACUUUGACCUGUAUGCCCCUCAUGUGGACUGUCUUGAGGUGGGUCUGGUCCGAGAAGCCCUCCAGCUGUGCCGCCCGGCUGUGGAGCUCCGGGGCAUGGAGAGGAGCAUCCUGUACACAGAAAUCCUGGCCAGACUCCAUUUCUUUGCCACCUCGCAUCCGGCACUGGUGGGACAGUUGUGCCAACAGGCCCAGAGCUGGUUCCGGGAGUGCCCACACCCUGUGCUGGUGCCUCUCGGAGGAUUCCUCCAGCCCCCAGGAGGACCCCUCUUGGUGACCCUCACUGGCUGUCACAAAGGCAUCACCGCUAUGGCCUGGAGCCUGGAAGAGAAACUGCUGGUGGUCGGCACCCAGGAUGGCAUUGUGGCUGUGUGGGACAUGGAAGAGCAGCAGGUGAUCCACAUCCUAACCGGACACACAGGAGAGGUGAGGUGUGUAAAAGUGUUUGCCAAAGGGACACAGGCCAUCUCUGCCUCCAAGGACCGCACGCUGCGCUUGUGGAACUUACUCUCUGGCCAGGAGAAGUUCACCAUUUGGGAUGGAGGCUCAAAAGAUCCCACUGAAUCUCAGAGCUGGAGCCUUCACGUGGACGAAGCCAAGAAGGUUGUAUAUUCAGCAUCUAGCUCAAAGGUUAGUGCUUGGAAUCUGGAAACUGCAGAGCUGGUUUUCCAUAUCCUGAGAGAUACGUCCGACCCGUGGAUAUGCACGGCAGUGUUGGCUUCCCGGGCCACACUGCUGACAGUGUCUGAGGGCAGUGUGCUCAGUCUGUGGAGCUCAGCCACAGGAAAAGUGCAGGGGAAGCAACACUUGUCUGGCAUCAAAGAAGAAACACCUACCUGUGGGGUCUUGGUCCAGAAACCAGGACAGAUGGUUAUUGGGUUCAGCAAGGGCUCCAUCUCUUUGGUUUCCUCCGAAGGAGACAGCCUGAUGGAGAAGCUUCCGGAAGCUGUGGGGUUCCUGGUGGUUUCUGAAGACGAGUCCCUUCUUGCCGCAGGCUUUGGAAGAUCUGUGCGGAUAUUCUUGGCCGACUCCCAGAGGUUUCAUCGAUUCAUGGCCACUGACCUUGAACAUGAAGACACAGUUGAGACAGCCGUUUUUGGUCCUGAGAACAAUCUGAUUGUCACUGGAUCCCGGGAUGCACUCAUUCAGGUGUGGAGUCUGUCAGAACAGGGGACCCUGCUGGACAUCCUGGAAGGCGUCGGGGCCCCCGUAAGCCUUCUGGCCCAGAGUGGCGCCUUGGUGGCAUCUGCUUCUCAGCAGUCCUCAUCCUUCAAAGUCUGGGACCUCACUUACAUUCAGAAGCCAAGGGUCUCUGCCCCAUUUCUGGACCGCACUGGCCUCACUGCCAUGUCACACAAUGGCAGCUACAUUUACUUCCCCAAAAUUGGGGACAAAAACAAAGUCAUCAUUUGGGACUUGGCAGAAGGUGAAGAACAAGAUGCCCUGGACACCUCCAGUGAGGUCAGGUGUCUGGAGGUCGCCGAGCAGGCCAAGCUCCUUUUCACUGGCCUCAUUUCCGGCAUCGUCCUGGUGUUCCCCCUGAAUUCCAGGCAAGAUGUGACAUGCAUCCCCCCUCCAGAAGCCCGGAAAGCCGUCAACUGCAUGGCCCUGAGUAAGGGCGAGGAGUGCCUGGCCAUCGCCUAUGACAACAUUGUCCUGGUGUUGGAUAUUAUUAACCCCAGGGACCCCUGUCCAGUCAUCGAUGGGCCAAUCUACACCUUCUAUACCCAGCUGCCUGUGACCAUAUCCAGUGUGGCAGUCCUGGCUGACUACCGUGUGAUUUACGGCAUGACCAAUGGUGACCUCUUCCUUUACGAGUGUGCAAAUUCCAAAGUGUUCCCUCUGGAGGCCCAUGGGAGCCGGGUCACCUGCGUGGAGGUCAGCCACAAGGAGCAGCUGGCGGUCAGCGGGUCUGAGGAAGCCCUGCUGUGUCUCUGGGACCUGCAGGCAUGCAAGUGGAAAUUCGAGAUGAGUUACACGAACUCUUACUGUCGUGGAGUCCAAUGUGCUUGCUUCUCCAAGGAUGACAAGUAUGUGUAUGCUGGCUUGAGGGAUCGCUCCAUAAUCGUCUGGAGUGUGUUAGAUGGCACCCUGCUGGCCAUCCAGUUUGUCCAUGCCAUAGUGAACAGAAUCAUCCCAACUUCCAAUGGCUUCAUUGCUCCCACCAGACAUGGCUAUCUCAUCCGUGAACGAUUCCAGUGCCCUUCAUCAAGAGCCUCCCAGCAGGAUCCUCUCAAAAACUUCAAGAAGGCAGUGUGGAUGGUCAAAUCAAGGCAGAGAGAAGAGCUGGCUGCUGCUGCAGGGACACUGCAGGACUCAGGAUUAGGAAAUGCCCAGAGAAAUAAAUGCAAAUCAAACAAACAUUCACAAGUCUGCCUGAUAGUAUAG